CGAACGCGUUUUGAUGCACGUUCCCUCCGGUGUUUGGGUUUUCGCCUAGAGUCCGGGAGAGCGCCUGGUCGUGUGUGCUUGGGCGUCGGUUGCUAGAUUUGGUGCUCGGUCGUCAAACAUUGUGUUUACCGUAGAAUUUGUGUUCGGUUUUCGGGCGAGUGGCAACGGUGCGGUUGCAGUUAUUAAUAGGAAGGCAGUGAUUUGUUCCGUCCGACGCUUGCGGCGGCGGUUCGACGGCAGCGCGGCGACCGGAGCUGCUGGGCAUCUUCAUCUUCUUCCGCACGAAGAUGCAUAUCUCGCUGGCGUGGGUGUAGUGCCAUCGGUGUAAUACGCGGUGCAAAGAGUAAGGACACGCACGAGCACGCACAUACACACAACACGGUUCCGCGCGUACAUUAUGAAAUCUGCCGGAUUUGCCGCUCGGGCCACAAUGGACCAUUAGCGCCAUCCUGCCGAGGAGGGAACCCCGCAUAGGAGAAAGGUAUCAACCGUUUUACCAUUCUUGCGAAUCGCCGCGAAACAACCUGAACGCUGCGCAUCUAUCAACCGAGCGCAGUAGGCCAACCGCAUCAAUACAAAUUUAUCCCCGGACGGUUGAUGUUGAAUCGACGCAGCACGCAAAUAUGAGUAACAUUCGCUGCAACGAGCCACCGGCGACCGCAACCACGUCCCUUGCCGGUAAGGACACCGACGGCGACACGGGCCCGUCCAUCGCACAGUUUCAGCCGCAGCCGCAGCAGCAGCAGCAGCAACCACAACAACUGGCCACCGCCGCUGGAGCACCGGUCGACACCAGCAAGGGUAACCCGUGCCGGAUAAACGGGGUGAAGGGGUACCAGAACCGCACGAAUAGUAUUAUCUACUGUCCGCCGCUGCUGCGCACCAAUCCGCAGAAGGACAAAUGUAGCGCAAUAAUUUAUUUCGGAGGCGAUGUACAGGACAUUCCGGAGAAGAUGGAAUCGAACCGGGACAACAAGAACUACAUCAAGUGGAACCUCGAGAACACGGCGUUACUGCUGCGGGAAUCGUUUCCGCAAUCGCACAUCAUCGUCGUGCGUCCGAUGCGGAUGGAGUACAGCACGUUCAGCUGCUUUGACAACUUCGUGCGUGGUAACAACGCCGGUAUACCCGACCACACGCCGAUGCACUUUUCGCUGCAGCACCUGGAAGAGCUUCUGAUCAACCUGACCAAAAAGCUGACCAAGCCGAUUCUGGAUCAGGAAUUUCUCCACAAGCUGCUAGCCGCCUCCAGCUCGAAAUCGCUCGCCAGCGAUAUGUCCUGCAAGCAGUCGAACAAUGUCGAUUUAUUACAGAGCGAUAUCUACGAUUCCGCUGGCGGCGAUUCGACGAAUGAGAGUGACUUGACGGAUUUGCUGUGGUGGCGCGAAAAUCUUAACCUAGAUAAAGCUAGUCUCAAGCUGAUCGGCUUCAGCAAAGGCUGCGUCGUGCUGAACCAGUUCAUCUACGAGUUUCACUACUAUAAAACGCUAACGCCCGACGAUAGCACGAUGAUGCGCCUGGUGUCCCGCAUUACCGACAUGUACUGGCUGGACGGUGGCCAUGGCGGUGGCAAGAACACCUGGAUCACGUCGCGAAGCCUGCUAGAGACGCUCUGUCGGUUGUGCAUUAACGUGCACGUGCACGUGACACCAUAUCAGAUACAGGACGACCACCGUCCGUGGAUCCGGAAGGAGGAGAAAGCGUUCACCGACCUGCUGAAGCGACUCGGGGCGUCGUUCGACCGCCACCUGUAUCCGAGCGAGGCCAACUCGACCAACCUGUACACGCACUUCGACGUGCUCAACCGAUUUCGGCAGCAUCAGAUGAACAUCUUCACCCAGCAGCUGCACCAAACAUCACAGCAACCGAUUGUUCAGCACACCGCGCCCGGCGCCUACCGGUCGGACGCGGCGCCGGACGUCACCGAUAACAGGGAGUACGCGCCGGACGAGUCAGCGCUGCACAAGGACGCGAUGGAGACGGAGGAGGCCGGCGACGAUGCACCGCCGUCGGAGUCCGCGCUGCAGGAGAUCGAGCACGAUGCCGACAUGCAUGACAACUGACAAUCAGAUCGCGACUACAUGCAACUUAUUUCGGUAUUCAUUUAGGGAGCGACGACGACGACGACGACAACGACGACGAUGUAGUCGAUGGUCCCGAACACGCAAUACUUACAUCAUUCAAGUGACGAUUGCCAUGUUAGAUUGUACCGUGCAUUCCCUAACUCUAUCGCGUAUCUUUUUGUACAUUUAAGUAUUUUAAAACUACGAUUUGUCAUCGAACACGUACUACUAUCUAGAGAAGUAAUUUAUCCGUAAGAUCUACCGAGCAUUCGCAUUAGGGGUGACCCCAACCCCUAAACCGCGCAUCUCGUUUUAAUUAACUUUUAAAACUCAGCAAUCAUUAGCAAUCAUCAGCAAUUCGCAUAGACAGUACCUGAAACAAGAAUGAAGCAAUCCCAUUUUUAGGAAGUAUCUUUAAAAAAUUGCUUGUGAACGAGCCACCACUCAGGCAUUGCUGUGAAACGGUUAACACAACUUAUACCAGCGUGUGAAUGUGACGUACAGCCGGGUUUUAAUUUGUAAUCUUUCCGUAACAGUUUGGCAGGGACACCGUUUUACUCAGCUAACUUUGUUUCGUUGAUAGUUUAAACUGUGUUCUUUCCAAUCCAGUUAUUUUAUCGGUACAUGGAGCAAGUGUAGCGAUUACUGUACUCUGCUAUUUACCUUUCAAAUGCCGUUUGAGAAAUAUCUUCAUCAGGGCCAAAAAAGUCGUCUCAAAUAGACGUGCUCCGGAUAUGAUUAGACAUACACUUUGGCUGGUAUAAUUAGUGUUGAUGAACGCAGAUUUUGGAGCCAUCGCAUAAAAUCGCUAGAAAACUGUACUGUAGGGGGUGCUGUUCUUGUUUCGCGGACUGUAGCUCAUAACAUUAGAUUUGCGUUUUCCGUACGAUCAGAGAGGAGAUCCGGAGCGAUUCGUAUCAAAUACAAUAACUAGACUUUCAUUGCAAUAAGACAGCUGUGUUAUACAUGCCAUGCGUGCGGUUAGCUAACGGCUGCGUAGAGAGCGGCGACUACGUGUUCCAUUUUUCCAAACUGAAGCUUAAAUGUGUAGCGUGUGUACUAACAUUUCGUCCUGUGUUAGCAAUAUAUUCGUUCAAUUGAUUGUAAAUUUCUCUGUCAUCCCCCAAACGCGGGCUCCUUUUUAAUGAAAUAAAAAACAAACACAAUGAUUUGAAAAUAGGUCGCACAUGCCGCAUGCU